GACCCAUGUGUUAAAAGUUAUUUGUGGUAAUCAAAAACAAGAUACUUAGAAUAUUAAAUGAUAAAAUACAUUUAUUUCAAACAUAAAGCAAAGAAACAGGAAAUGAAUACGGGUAAUUUUCGACCCAUGUUGUGCAUUAGAAGGGCAAAGAUACAAAAAUGAUUUUUGUUCAAAAAGUAACAAAGGAAGAAUUCAAAUAAGGAUUAAUGGGGGAAUACCUGAAAUACUGAAUGGAUAAAUUCAUUCACUGAAAAGAUAUAGAAAAUAAAAACUGAGCCGGGUCACUUUUGACCCAUGUUGUGUAUCAAAGGGUUAAAAAUGAAAGAAUAACACUUGUUUGUGACUAUUUAACUCGAAACGGGCUUUAUAUAAAGAGGAUUCAUUAAGCAAAGAAUUCCUUUUUGUCUGUUUGCUUUAAUGUGACAGGGUCAAUGUUCAUAGAUUCCUUUGAUGUCAUGUCACUGUUGCAAAGGUGAAAGAAAAAGACCUGAAGGGAAACAAGAGAGGGUUUUUUGACCUGUCUAUUAGCCUGUAUGUAGUGAUAGAAAUAGCACCACCUACUGCCAAAUGGAGGAAAUAAAAAAUGCUGAACUUUGGGUUGGAACAUGGAGGCCCCACAAACCAAGAGGGCCCAUAGCUGCCCUCUAUGGUAGCCCAGGGCCGAAGUAUGCGCUGCCUGGACUCACAGGUGUUUCUAAACAUGACCCUACUAAAUUCAAAGCACCAAUGUUCAGCUUUGGGACGCGUCAUGACCAGGAAAUGUCAAGUUGCUCCCCUGGACCAAAGUACCUCAUCCACUCUAACAUCACCAGAACAGGGACAGGCGGCGCUCCUGCGUUUUCACUGCACAGCCGCUCAAAGGAGCAGGGAUUGUUCCAGGGCCCUGGACCAGGCCAGUACUCCCCUGAGCUUUCAGGAAAGAUGACCUUUCUCUCUGCUCCUGCUUAUUCUCUGUUUGGGAGAAGCAAAGACUUCCGCAUCAACAAAACACCAGGUCCAGCCUCGUACACACUGCCCUCUGUGCUGGGGCCCAGGACUGUGGUCACAGCUACAGCUCCCGCCCACUCACUCCGUGGACGCAGCAAAACUGGAAGCUUCCACGAGGACCUGAACAAGACUCCUGGCCCUGCUGCCUACAAAGUGGUGGACCCCUGUACUUACAGUCAGAAACCGCCACAGUUCAGCAUGACGGGCCGCAACUUUGCUCCUGGUGAAACCACACAGAAACCAGGGCCUGGUUCCCACUGUCCUGAGCGGGUGACCACGACAAAAGCUAAAGCUCCGAGCUUCUCCUUCGGGAUUCGUCACUCAGAAUUCAUCUCACCCCUCAUUGUCAAUGUGCCUGAAUGACGACACGUGAUCUCUUAUUAUGACUGAAAAGAAAUCACACAAGAGCGUCAAAUAAAGCCCAAGAAGAAAGUGACUCUGGAUUCCUUAGAUCAUAUUUUAUCACCACAGAUUAAGAGCUUGUUCUGUUGGUAAUUGCCACUUUAUCAGGCUUAUGACGCUGUCUGUGUUUUGAGUGUCAUUACAUUUGUAUUAAUUCAACACGAUUCUUGUGAAAGUCCUUUUCAAACCGCCUUAUUUUUAUAGUCCAGCUUUUUCUUCUUACUGUUUAAUUCACAUUCUCGGUAGAUAUUGUGGAGGAAAUUUGACUUUGCGAGACUUCUGAAAUAAAGAGAACUGACCAUAAUGGUCUUUAAAGUGCACGUUUAUUCUUUUGUCAAAGAAGGUCAAACAGAUCUUACAGCAUGCGGACAAUGAAGAUGGGUAAGACAAAGAAAUGUUUUCGGGAGUGCUCUUUUAUAUAGAAAGAGGUGAUGCAUGUGCGUUAUUCUCUUGUCUAACUCUUUUUGACCUGCCUGCUGCUGUAACAAGUGAAUUUCCCCCGAUGUGUGGAUAAAUAAAAUUCUAUCUAAUCUAA